AUGAGAAGCUUGAUGUCAGAUGGGAAAAAGCAUGAAAAGUCCAAGUCACACUUGGCUGCCUACAAGAUGUGGAAAAUGUUUGGGGUGAAUGUGGGAGUGGAUUCUCUUCUUUCGCAAGCAAGAAGGGAUGAAAUUCAAAGGCACAAUGAAGAGGUAAGACAAAAUCGGGAGAUCCUUAAGACUGAGACCGAAGCAGUACUAUAUUUAUCAAAACAGGAGUUGGCAUUCAGGGGUCACGAUGAGAAAGAAGAUAGUUUGAAUAAAGGAAAUUAUAGAGAGUUGCUUGAGUCCUUUGCCAAGUUUGAUUCUGUAUUUGAACGAAGACUGCAUGGUAGGUUGGCUGAAUCUGGAAGGGGUGGGCGUUUUACUGGGGUGUCUCCUGAAAUUCAAAAUGAUUUAAUUAAUUGUAUUGAUUCUGUUAUUGAUGAUGUAAUUAUGAAGGAGAUAGAUGAUUGUACUUUUAUCAGUGUGCAGGUUGAUGAGACCUCUGAUGUUUCUACCAAAGAGCAGGUAAGUAUAAUUGGACGUUUAGAUAAGGGUGAAAUUGUUGAAAGACAAUUAGGAUUUGUGGAUGUGAGUAUGAAUAGGACUGCUCCUGCAAUAUCAGAAGUUGUGAAAGAUAAACUUGGUCAGUUUUCUACUAUGAAGGAGAAGCUUAUAAUGCAAACUUAUGAUGGUGCUUCUGUCAUGUCUGGCCACAUUAAUGGUGUUCAACUUUGGUUCGUCAAGAUAUGUGUUUUUUACAAAAUUUUAGAGCAGUCUUCUAUUUUGUAUUCAGUGCUUCAGAGUACAGGUACAGACUUUAGCUAUGGCAUAAGCAAGAUUGAAAGUUUUAAGAAUUUUGUUUCUUCUCUUCGUACCAAUGAAGAGUUUGGUAAAUUUUAUCAAGAAGCGGUAGAUAAAGUAGGUCAACCUGCAAGUAAAGCAGACAAAAAACAUAAUUACAAAGCCCUUUAUUUUGAGAUAAUUGAUUCCAUUGUAGGAAUGUUAAGUGAGAGAUUCCAAGAUAUGAAACAAUUUGAGUUUUUAGAUCUGGUAAAUCCAAAGGUUUUUUCAACUUGGAAUGGAGUUCCUCCUCCUGAGAAAAUAACCCUUCUCAAGGAAAUGUAUGGAAGCCUUUUUGAUCUCUCAAUGCUUCAGAGUCAACUUAGUUUUAUUUACAAUGAUAAGGACUUCCAUAAGGAGUCUAGUAAUGAAGUUCUUAAAUAUAUAUUUCAAUUUAAUCUUCAGUCUAGUUUACCAGAAGCUGUCAAGUUAUUCAAAAUGAAUGGGGUCUUAGCUGUGUCAAGUGCAUCAGUUGAAAGAUCAUUUUCCUGUUUAAAAAGGGUUAAGGGAUAUUUAAGAAACAGGAUGGGCCAGGCCCGACUCAGUUCUCUUUGUAGGAUUUCUAUUCACAAAGAUAUCAUAAAGCUUUUAGAAGAUGACAAUACCUUGCAUGAGCACAUUAUCAAGAAAUUUGUUGAAAAACCCAGGAGGCUUCCAUUUCUUUUUAAAUGA